AACACAACUGAUGCGGCAGCUGGGACGAGAUGCCGACCACCGAACCAAACCGCCGCCGACACCGCGUUUUUGGUCCCACAACGGGCCGGGGCGUCGACCUGUGCAUCCUGCCGCGCGUCGCUCGCGGCGCACGCGCGAGCGAGUGGAUAUCGUCGCAUCGUCCAGUCGCUAUGCUCUGUGCAAUCUUGCGGUCCAUAUUCAUUCGACGGUACGACGAUUUCAGCCGCACAUUUUUUGGUGUUUGGUUUCCGUCUUUUGGAUCCUACGUACGCAGUAACGAAGAGGAAGCAACCUGGAAAUUGGCUGACAGUCAUUUUCCUGAAAAUUCCCCAAAGAAAAUGGCCUCAGAAAUAAUUCCUUAGCUCUCAAAAUUUAUAUUUUAUUUAAAAUUUUAAUCAUAAUUUAUCUUUUUUUUUUCGGCCGCUCAUUCGGUGUUAAAAUGGAACCAGAAACCAUCCGCCAUUUCCUCCCAAGUUCGCGGGAUCGCGCUCCACGGCGAACACGGAACGACCGGUAGGAGAGCAUGGCCGAACACGUCGCCGGUGCUCCGCCUCCGGCCAAGAUCAUUUUCGGCACCUACGAGCUGGGACGCCUCCUAGGCCGCGGCGCCUCCGCCAAGGUCUACCACGCCCGCCACCUCCCUUCCGGCCAGUCUGUCGCUAUCAAGGUCUUCCCUAAACCCCGACGCACAGCAGCCGCUUCCGCCUCCGACUCUUUCAUAAGGGAGAUCUCCGCUCUCCGCCACCUUCGCCACCGCCACAUCGUCCGCCUCCGCGAGGUCCUUGCCUCCCGCUCCACGGUCUACCUCGUCCUCGACUUCGCCAAGGGCGGCCAGCUCUUCUCCCGCGUCGAGGACCGUGGCCGCCUUCCGGAGGACCUCUCCCGCCGGCUCUUCCGCCAGCUGAUUUCCGCCGUCGCCUACUCCCACUCCCGCGGCGUGUUCCACCGGGACCUUAAGCCGGAGAAUCUCCUGCUAGACGAUGCCGGCGACCUCAAGGUCUCUGAUUUCGGAUUCGCCGCUCUCCGGCCAUCCUCCGACUGCGACCGACUCCUCCACACCCAAUGCGGGACGCCGGCAUACGUAUCGCCGGAGAUCCUUUCGGGGAAGAAAAGGGACGGAUACGACGGGGCGAAAGCAGACAUCUGGUCUUGCGGCGUGAUCCUCUUCGUGCUCAACGCCGGCUACCUCCCUUUCAAUGACUCCAACCUCAUAUCCCUCUACCGCAAGAUCUACUGCGGGCACCACCGCUGCCCGCGGUGGACCUCGCCCGACCUCCGCCGCCUAAUCGCCCGCCUCCUCGACCCCAACCCGGCCACCCGGAUCUCAAUCGACGGCAUCCUCCACGACUCAUGGUUCGCCAAGGGACUCGACGCGGAUCAAAAGGCGGCACUGAUGCGGCCGCUCGCCGACGACUCGAAGCCCCACCAUCGCCGCCUCAGCGGCGGGGAGCUCAACGCCUUCGACCUCAUCUCCUUCUCAUCGGGGCUCGACUUAUCUGGCUUCUUCACGGAGGGGAUUCCGGACUGCGAGCGGUUCGUGGUGGCCGGCGGUGCGGCAGACAGGAUGGUGGAGCGGGUGGAGCAGGUCGGAAAGAGCGAGGGUUUGGUAGUGAGGAGGGAAGGCGAGAAGGGGUCGGCGGCAGUAGUUGAGAGGCAAAAUGGGGAAUUAGUAGUUAGGGUGGAGGUUCAUCGGUUGCUCGGCGACAUGGCGGUGGUAGAGCUGGAGAAGGGAGGAGCCGCCGGAAGAUUCUGGAACGAGAAGCUGAGGCCGACAUUGGGAGCUACCGGUGAUAGCCCGUUGGCUAGGCGUCUAAGAAAUGUGACAUCGGGAUCGACUUGAGAUUUUCGGUAGACCAAGUACGUCAACAAAGAUAAAGGCAUAAUUUAUAAAGGAGAAAGCUGAUUGAUACACCUGUUGGAUCAUUG